GUGUUAUUGGGCAGGUUCCUUAGUGUGUGUUGGUUUCCCGUUAGUUAGGACUUGGCUGCAUCUUAUUUGCAGUUCUGCUGAUACGCAUCAAUAGAAAGACCAGAAGUGCCUUUUUGCAGAAUUUGGUCGUCGAGUUGCUUUCCUCGGUUGUCACCGUUAUGGCUGUCGUUGUUUUGAUGGUGUCGGUUCUGGUGCUGAGCGGUCUUGCAUUCGGCAGUGACGUGCUGGAGCUCGGAGACAGCGACUUCGACUUUUCGGUGCGGCAGCAUGAGACCAUGCUUGUGGAAUUCUUCGCUCCCUGGUGUGGUCACUGUAAGAAGCUGGCACCAGAAUACGAAGAGGCAGCCACUAGGCUUAAAGAUAUUGUGCCCUUAGCCAAGGUGGACUGCACUGCAAACUCUGAGACCUGUACCAGGUUUGGUGUGAAUGGAUACCCAACCCUAAAGAUCUUUAGAAAUGGAGAGGAGUCUUUAGCGUAUGAUGGUCCUCGAUCAGCAGAUGGGAUUGUUAGUCACAUGAAGAAACAGGCUGGCCCCAGCUCUGUAGAACUGAAGACUGCAGAGGAUCUAGAAAAAUUUAUUAGCCAUUACGAUGCUAGUAUAGUUGGAUUCUUCUCUAGCAGUGAUAGUGCACAGCUUGCUGAGUACGUGAAGGCUGCUAGUGUACUCAGAGACCACUACAGACUAGCUCACACUAGCACCCCAGAGCUACUUGAAGCACAUAAUAUCCAGGGCGAAGGUGUUAUUCUGUUUAGGCCACCACGACUCAGUAAUAAAUUUGAGGAAAGCACUUCACAGUACUCGGACUCCAUCAGCACCAGCAGUAUUAGAAGUUUCAUAAAUGAAAAUAUAUUUGGUAUGUGUCCACACAUGACCAGUGACAACAAAGAACAACUGAUGAGGAGAGACAUAUUAUUGGUUUUCUAUAAUAUAGAUUAUGUACGCAACCCCAAGGGCUCCAACUAUUGGAGAAACAGGGUAAUGAAAGUAGCCUCUAAGUUUGUUUCUGAAGGCAGGACCCUAAGCUUUGCUGUUGCAGAUCGUCAGGAAUUUGCUGAGGAGGUAUCAGAAUUUGGGGUGGAGGACACUACUGGUGAGUUACCAGUGGUUGUAAUAAAGACCCUCACUGGUGAAAAAUACAUCAUGCAAGAAGAAUUCACGCGUGAUGGGCUCGCUCUAGAGCGUUUUCUGGAGGAUUACUUUGCCAAAAAUUUAAAGAGAUACAUGAAAUCUGAACCAAUACCAGAGAAAAAUGAUGGACCUGUCAAGGUGGUAGUUGCAGAGACCUUUGAUAAAAUAGUUAAUGAUCAAUCCAAAGAUGUUCUAAUUGAGUUUUAUGCCCCAUGGUGUGGACACUGCAAAAAUCUGGAGCCAAAGUAUACUGAGUUAGGUCAGCAGUUGGCAAAUGAUCCAAAUAUUAUAAUUGCAAAGAUGGAUGCCACAGCAAAUGAUAUCCCUUCUAACUAUGAUGUUCAAGGAUUUCCAACCAUCUAUUUUGCUACAAAAGGCAACAAAGAGUCCCCAAAAAGAUAUGAGGGUGGACGGGAAGUCAGUGACUUUAUUAAUUUCUUGAAAAAUGAAGCAUCCACCAGUCCAGUGAUUUCUCCAAUGAAGGAAGACCUUUAAAAGCCUGAAAAAUGACUUUAAUGUGUCAUCUGUCAAUUUUUAGGCUCUGGUGGGGAACUUCAUCUGACUGGAUUAUGGACAUUAUGCAUUUCUCAAGAUUCUCUUGCCUAAGGAAAACAAAAACUUUGAUUUACAAAAAUAUAUAUAUAUGUAUAAUUUAAAGAAGGGCCUAAUGGUUUCUUAGUUGCUAUAUUUGACUGUGUGGUCCAGAAACAAUAACAUGAAUUGCAUUGAGCCUUAACAAGAUCUUGGCUCAGAUGUCUUUGUAGGAUCGAGUGGUUUUUUUUGUAUUUUAAUUUAAUUCAGUGUGAAAUCUGCGAGAGCUGCAUGACAAGGUAAACAUAAGUUGUGGGGCUACUGGCCGUGUGUUGGGGGGCAUUUAUCAGCAAGGUACUGAUGGAGAUAAGCAUGUUUGGGUGACAUUAGCAAUAGGACUUGAUGUUUGUGUGUUGACAAUGAAUAAAACACCACUCUAAAGAA